AUGUUGGCAGUUUGGGUCUGGAGUACACUCCUUAUUGCCUGUACGAUUAUCAUCAAGUGUAUUUAUGAAUACUUCCUUUCGCCUUUGUCGCAGAUACCUAAGGCUGGUCUACUGGCUCCGGUUUCACGGUUUUUAUGGGAGUUCCCACUAGAAUACCGUGGAAAGCUAACACUGGAACUCCCGAAACUCCACAAGAAGCUCGGGCCCUUGGUGCGAAUUGGUCCGAAUGAAUUGUCGUUUUACUCUCUGGAUAUCUAUAAGAAAGUCCACGCACCCGGCAGUGCUUUUACCAAAGACAGUCGAGUCUAUGGUCAAUUCGUUCAAGAUGGGCAUCCAGCGCUAUUUUCAAUUACCGAUCCCAAAGAGCAUGCGCAGCGACGUAGGCAUAUGGGUGUGCUUUUCAACCGGAGCCGGGUCCCAGCUUUGAUUCCCAUGAUGCUAGAUCAGAUCUCCAAUUUCAACAAACUGCUUGCGGAUCUGAUUCAAAAAGGUCCCAUCGACCUUGUACCUACCUGUCGGGCUCUCGAAGCCGAUGUUGUAUCGAGAUUCGCAUUUGGAAGCGCUAUCGGAGCAAUAGAUUCCUUGAAAACUGGAACAGAAUUGAAUAUUAUCAAGGAAAAUGAUUUGAAGUCGUCAAAAAUGCCGCUUAUUUUCGAUCUUACUGGACUUGACAUCUCUUUGGUCGUAACGAACAGAGGGUUUGAAGAGUGGGCAGAAAAUCAGUUAAAAGUAUCCCUUGACUUCGAAAAGGGGACCGGAAUCUCAUUUCUCGCAACAAUGGCCGGGUCGAGGCUCUCGACCCAGUCUGCCCUGUCGGAGGCCAAAGAGAUGCUUGGUCCUGGAACGGAUACCACUUCAGCUACGCUCGCCCAUAUACUUUGGGCGCUUUCUCUCAAUAAAGGUUUCCAAGAUGAGAUUUUCUCGGAGCUAGAAAUAGCCAACUGGCCCACAGAUAUGGCGGCGCUUGAGUCCCUUCCACUGUUGGUUGCAUGUGUCAGAGAGGGAGUCAGAUGGACUGGCGCCGCUGCUGCCAUGCUACCCAGGAUUGUUCCAAAAGGAGGCUCUCAAUUGGAUGGGAAGCACGUACCAGAAGGGCUCGCCCAUCUGGUAUCUACACGACGAAACCACCUUUCCGGAACCACAUAA